CGCGCGCCGUGCAUUGUGGGUGCCGCCCUCACGACCCGUGCGUCAAGACGCCUUGUUUACCGCUGGCAACUUUAACCGUUUUCAACCAAAUGUAAUCAAAUAUAUCAUUAUUAUUUCCAACAAUCUACGCGGAUUAUUUAGCUUAUUUAAUAGCUCCCGCACGGGGUUGUACAUUUCUGUUCAAUUAAAAAAAUCGUAAAAGCCGCCCGAAACAAGAGCGGCCUAGCGCCGGGGAGUGCGUUCCGCGUGGUGCUAGCAGCCGCCUGCCGGACGGGGCGCCUCUCAGCCCGGCCAGGUCGAGUCCGUGCGGGAAUCAAAAACAAAGUCGACGGGGGGAGCCCAGGCCCGUGUUGCCUUGUUGAUGGCGACUCGUGGAGGUCGCUUCUCUCGGGGCAGGGCCCGAGACCGCUGCUACGAUGGCUCGGAUUUUGCGAGCAUGGACGAGGCGGGAGGAGGAGGAGGAGGCGGCGGUGGGGGAGGCUUCGGGCCGCCGCGGGGAGGCCGAGGUCGCCAUCCCAGCCACCUCAAGGGCCGAGAUAUCGGCCUCUGGUAUUCCCGCAAGUCCAUCGGCAAGGGCAGAGCGCGGGACCGGCGAGACCGCGCUGUGGUGGAGAUGGACGGAGCCCGAGAGCAGCACAUCACUCAGCUGCUACAUGCCGUCAAGAAGGAGGACAGGGAGGAGGCUUGCAGAGAUCUGGAUGCCGCCCAGGCUCCUGGCACCAGCUGGAGGGUGCAGCCAAUGGACGGUGGUGCCAGUUUGAAGCCGCUCGCCAAGGUGGAGACCCCUGACUGGUGGGACCAGUCAGAUGGGGAGGAGGAGGGUGAUAGAGGACAGGUCCCUCCGCCCAAUGAAAUAGAAGAGGUGGAUGAGAUGGUUGGGCAACCGUUGGAGCGCGAUCACGAACUCGAUGAAAGAUUGCGCCAGGAGUUGCACAAGAAUCGGGAAGGCAACCGGGAAUUUUUAAAGAUGCAGGAGUUCCGAGAGAAGUUGCCUGCUUACAAAAUGAAACGGGACCUGCUGGCGUUGAUCAACAAUCACCACGUGGUGGUCAUCAGCGGGGAGACGGGCUGCGGCAAGACGACGCAGGUUCCCCAGUUCAUCCUCGACGACCAGAUCGAGCGCGGCAAGGGCUCGGCAUGCAGGAUCGUGUGCACGCAGCCGCGCCGCAUCAGCGCCAUCUCGGUGGCGGAGCGGGUGGCGGUGGAGCGAGCAGAGAGCUGUGGCAAUGGGAACAGCACGGGCUACCAAAUCAGAUUACAGAGCCGGUUUCCAAGGAAGCAAGGCUCGGUCCUUUACGCCACAACAGGGAUCGUGUUGCAGUGGCUACAAACAGACCGGCUGCUCCGCGGCACGAGCCACCUGGUGCUGGACGAGGUGCACGAGCGGAGCCUGCAGUCCGACUUCCUGCUCACCAUCGUGCGCGACGUCCUGCCCCACCGGCCCGACCUCAGCAUCAUCGUCAUGAGCGCUACGCUCAACGCGCAGAUGUUUUCGCGAUACUUUGGUGGUUGUCCCAUCAUCCACAUACCCGGGUUCACUUUCCCAGUGCAGGAGUACCUCUUGGAAGAUGUGCUCGAAAUGACCAGGUACUGCCCACUGCAGCGUCCGCAGCAGAGGUCGCGCCGGAACCUGUUCAUGCACGGGCGGCAGCGGCGGCAGGCCGAGCAGGAGAUGCAGCAGGAGUACGAGCAGCGCUGGCCCGAAUACCUCGACUCGCUGCACGGGAAGUAUUCCAUGAGCACCGUCCAAGCACUGGAGAUGAUCGACGAUGAGCUCAUCGACGCGGACCUCAUCGCGGCGCUCAUCCGCCACAUCGUGCUGCACGCGGAGGACGGAGCCAUCCUGGUGUUUUUGCCUGGCUGGGCUGACAUCAGCAAGCUGCAUACAACUCUCACCGCAGACCAGAUGUUUAGUGCAGAACAUUUCAUCAUCAUCCCUCUGCACUCCCUCAUGCCUACAAUCAGCCAAACGAAGGUGUUUGAGAGGCCUCCGCCUGGCGUACGCAAGAUUGUCAUCGCCACGAACAUCGCAGAGACCAGCAUCACGAUCGACGAUGUGGUGCACGUCAUCGACUGCGGCAAGAUCAAGGAGACGCACUUUGACGUCGACAACAACAUCUCCACCAUGAAGCCCGAGUGGGUGAGCCUGGCCAACGCCAAGCAGAGGCGGGGACGUGCUGGCCGAGUUCAAGCCGGAUUCUGCUAUCACUUGUACAAUGGGCUGCGAGCUAAUAUGCUGUCCGACUACCAGCUGCCCGAGAUGCUCCGCACACCACUGGAAGAACUCUGCUUGCAGAUUAAGAUUUUGAAGCUGGGUAGGAUCGAGGAUUUCAUCAAGCGGACGAUGCAACCCCCUACAGAGCAAGCCGUGCUGCUGGCCAUCACCAACCUCAUCGGCCUGAAUGCGUUGAGCCGCGCGGAAGAGCUCACCGCGCUGGGAUUCCACCUGGCGCGGCUGCCCGUGGAGCCGCACAUCGGAAAGCUCAUCCUCUUCGGGGCCAUGUUCAGCUGCCUGGACCCGGUGCUGGGCAUCGCCGCCUGCCUCGGAUUCAAGGAUCCCUUUGUCAUCCCUUUGGGAAAGGAGAAGCUCGCGGACGCCAAACGGCGGGAACUCUCCCAAAACUGCAAGAGCGACCACUUGACCAUUGUGUACGCCCUGCAGCGCUGGGAGCAGGGACGGCGGGGUCAUGGCCGGUCGGUGAACGACUUCUGCUGGGAGUACUUCCUCUCCCAGAACACACUGCAGAUGUUGCACAACAUGAAGGACCAGUUUGCGGAGCACCUACAGGCGGCCGGCUUUGUGGACAACAGCAAUCCCCGCGACCCCAAGGCCAACCUGCACUCGGGCAACGAGAAGCUGGUGAAGGCGGUCAUCUGCGCAGGCCUUUACCCUAAGGUGGCCAAGAUCCGGCCCAGCUUCAGUAAGAAGAGGAGAGGGGUGAAGGUGUACACGAAGCCCGACGGCAAGGUCUCCAUCCACCCCAAGUCGGUGAAUGCCGAGGAGUCGGACUUCCGGCACCAGUGGCUCGUCUACCACCUCAAGCUCAAGACCACCAACAUCUUCUUGUACGACUGCACGGAGGUGUCGCCCUACUCGCUGCUCUUCUUCGGCGGAGAGAUCAGCAUGCAGCGCGACCAGGACCAAGACACCAUCUCGGUGGACGAGUGGAUCGUGUUCCGCUCGCCCUUCCGCAUCGCCUCCCUCGUCAAGGACUUGAGAAAACAGCUGGACUCGCUGCUGGAGCAGAAGAUCACGCGGCCGAGCCCCGUGGAGUGGCAACGCGAAUCGUCCGAAUCGGCGCUCCUCAAGGCCAUCAUCGACCUCAUCACCACGGAGGAGGGCGGUGGUGGGGGUGGGGGCGGGAGUGGAGGAGGGUUCGGGGGCCCGUCCCAUCGCGCCUACUAGCCCGCCCGCCCGCCCGCUCACCCCGCUUACCCCACUCGCCUCGCUCAUCUCGCUGUCCCACCCACGCACCCUCACACCGUCGGACAGCAACGCCACCACACAACCCAGCAAAUUAACACAGCCCCACCCUGCCCCGAGCGUAAACUCUGCAUGAAACCUGACAGCCCCAAGCCAGGGGCCAGAGUACUAAAUGUGUUCCGGAUAUCGUAGCGAUGUUGUAAGUUUGGUAUGCGAUAAAAAAAACAUUAACUGAGCAUUACGAUAAUGGGCGUUCGUAAAAGUUACAAGAAGUCUUACGAGUGGGCAAGAGCAUUCUACAGUGGAUCGUAACCAAAAAUGGAUAACGCACACUGCUCUGUUGAAGUACACUGUAAGCGUCACCUGGCGCAGUUCUAUCGUUCACCCCAUUUUUCCACUUGCCACAUCCGAGCCGCCCCAGCUCGGUGCCAUCACGGUACGACGGGCCGUCUUUUUUCUCCACAGGCCGGUUUAUCCGUGCCGAGCCGGAAACCAAACCGUGACGUGCUGCCGGCCUCGCAUCUGAAUGUGGCUCGGGUGCCGAGCAGGGCCCCGGGGUGGAGCUAAUGGGGCACGUUCAGAGCGCGCAGCUGGAACGCGUCGCCGCGUCCUCCACACGCUCGUUCGUCGCGUUUGACGGCGGCGGCGGCGGCGGCGGCGGUGCGGCUUCUGCGGUGGGAAAACCAACCUGGUGCCACCUCCUGGUCCACGCCGGGCUGGCUCGCCAUUGGCCCGGCUUGGCCCAGUCACGCAGUGAGAAAGAGGGAGUAUCGGUGAGAGGAAGAAUAAGGCUGAAACAGGUUGAUAAGGCACUGGCACUGAGCCCACGUUAACACCUCUGCAGUCGUGCAGAAUCCCUAUAAACCGUUGCUUUACAAGCUUUGAAUUGUAAAAUCAAAGCAAAGCUUUGUAUAUUGUUAUAAAUAAACUUGCUUUCAGACCAGUGUUUAAUGCA